CCCCCACCGCUCGCUAGCCUUCUCUUCCCAGUCCCCUGGCCCCUGCAUGAUCUGAGCGUCUUUAAAGCAGGUAACCGCCUCGGUCUCCCCAUCAGCUCCAGGGGCCUCUCAGUUGAGUGGGUGGAGCCGGCAGCGGCCGCGGGCUGAGCUCAAGGGCCGAUGGGAGGGGUCCUGGGGGCGCUAACUGCGCACUGCGGCCAUGACGCUGGGCAGAUCAUUCACAGAAGUCUGUCUCGUUUCAUCUACAGUCGCAGCUCGUUUCCAGACGCCUUGCUUCUCAGGUCGAGCAGUGAUCUGAUGGCCCAGGUUCCAGAAACUUCUUUGCCCUCCGGCUCUGGGGCCCGCUGGAUCUCCGGAGGUGGGGGAGGAGCCUCUCCUGAGGAGGCGGUUGAGAAGGCGGGGAAAAUGGAGGAGGCGGCGGCGGGGGCGACGAAGGCGUUUUCGGGACGGGAAGCUGAGGAGAUGAAGCUGGAGCCAUUACAGGAGCCUAAGCCCGUGCCGGAGGAGAACUUGACGUGGACCAGCAGCGGCGGCGACGAGAAGGUGCUCCCUUCAAUCCCCCUUCGCUGUCACAGCAGCUCCUCGCCCGUUUGCCCGCGCCGCAAGCCCCGCCCUCGGCCCCCGCCCCCAUCCGCACCGCGGCCCAGGGCCUGGCGUGGAUCCCGGCGCAGAUCCCGACCUGGGUCCAGGCCUCAGACACGGAGAAGCUGCUCUGGUGACCUAGACGGGUCGGGGGAUCCUGGCGGCUUAGGGGACUGGUUGCUGGAGGUCGACUUUGGUCAGGGUCCCACAGGCUGCUCUCAUGUGGAGAGCUUUAAAGUAGGUAAGAACUGGCAGAAGAACCUGAGGCUGAUCUACCAGCGUUUCGUUUGGAGUGGGACCCCAGAGACUAGGAAACGUAAAGCAAAGUCAUGCAUCUGUCAUGUAUGUAGUACCCAUAUGAAUAGACUCCACUCUUGUCUCUCCUGUGUCUUUUUUGGCUGCUUCACUGAGAAACAUAUUCACAAACAUGCAGAAACAAAGCAGCACCAUUUAGCUGUAGACGUUUAUCAUGGGGUCAUAUAUUGCUUCAUGUGUAAGGAUUAUGUAUAUGACAAAGACAUAGAACAGAUUGCCAAAGAAACAAAAGAAAAAAUUUUGAGAUUAACUUCCACCUCAACAGAUGUUUCUCAUCAACAGUUUAUGACAUCAGGGACUGAAGACAAGCAAUCAACCUGUGAGACAAAAGAACAGGAGCCAAAAUUGGUGAAACCCAAGAAAAAGAGAAGAAAAAAGUCAGUCUAUACUGUAGGCCUGAGAGGGCUAAUCAAUCUUGGGAACACUUGUUUUAUGAAUUGUAUUGUCCAGGCACUUACCCAUAUUCCUCUACUGAAAGAUUUCUUCCUCUCUGACAAGCACAAAUGUAUAAUGACAAGCCCCAGCUUGUGUCUGGUCUGUGAAAUGUCUUCGCUUUUUCAUGCUAUGUACUCUGGGAGCCGAACUCCUCACAUUCCCUAUAAGUUACUGCAUCUGAUAUGGAUCCAUGCAGAACAUUUAGCAGGGUACAGGCAGCAGGAUGCCCAUGAGUUCCUUAUUGCAAUAUUAGAUGUGCUGCAUAGACACAGCAAAGAUGAUAGUGGUGUGCAGGAGGCCAAUAACCCCAACUGCUGUAACUGCAUCAUAGACCAAAUCUUUACAGGUGGCCUGCAAUCAGAUGUCACAUGUCAAGCCUGCCAUAGUGUUUCCACCACCAUAGACCCAUGCUGGGACAUCAGUUUGGACUUGCCUGGCUCUUGUGCCACAUUCGAUUCCCAGAACCCAGAGAGGGCUGAUGGCACAGUGAGCAGGGAUGACCACAUACCAGGAAUCCCCUCACUUACAGACUGCCUACAGUGGUUUACAAGGCCAGAGCACCUAGGAAGCAGUGCCAAAAUCAAAUGCAAUAGUUGCCAAAGCUACCAGGAGUCUACUAAACAGCUUACAAUGAAAAAAUUACCCAUUGUGGCUUGUUUUCAUCUCAAGCGGUUUGAGCAUGUAGGCAAACAGAGGCGAAAGAUUAAUACCUUUAUCUCCUUUCCCUUGGAGCUGGACAUGACUCCGUUUUUGGCCUCCACUAAAGAGAGCAGAAUGAAAGAAGGCCAGCCACCAGCAGAUUGUGUGCCCAAUGAGAAUAAGUAUUCCUUGUUUGCAGUGAUUAAUCACCAUGGAACUUUGGAAAGUGGCCACUAUACCAGCUUUAUCCGGCAACAAAAGGACCAGUGGUUCAGCUGUGAUGAUGCCAUCAUCACCAAGGCUACCAUUGAGGACUUACUUUACAGUGAAGGGUAUUUACUCUUCUAUCACAAACAGGGUCUAGAGAAAGACUAGUCUUACCAGACCACUUACUGAAAAAAAGUAAAUGAUUAGGCAAGGAUUUUGAAGUGACACACAGACCUACUUGGAAUGGACAGUGACAAUAACACCUAUAUGACAGCUAGUAUCUUGAUGUAAAGAACCUAUUUUAGCAUGGCCCAUGGGUCUGUAGGAAGAAAAAAAAUGAAUACUAACCAGUGACCAUUCAACCUUAAGAAAUGGGGAGAGGGAGAAGAGGUUGAAAAUGGUCACAUAAAGCAUAAUGAAAUGAAAAGAAUGCUUUAGGUGGGGACAAUGGGAGUAGAGGUGUUCUGAUGCUACUAUGUCAUUUGUUUCUACAUAAAUAUCUUGUGAAGUCAGGGAGUAUUCCUUUAUCAGCAAAAACUUCACAAUUGGUGUUCCAGCUGUGGCUGACUAGCCAAAUAGUU